AUGAGUGAGAUUUCAUCCGGACAACCACCAUUUGCUGGGCUCGAGUUUUUACCAAAAAAAUCUACAUUGCAUGCUAGAUUCACAGGCAACUGGACAAAUAAUGCAGGAAUUUAUGAGCUCGACGACGGACUUUUGCUGGAUAGAUGGUAUCAUCUAGCUUAUACGCUUUCUGAUUCGGAAAAGAGAUUAGACGUUUACAUAGACGGUGAAUGGGUCGGGUUUUAUUGUAUCCAAAAUGUUAAAACUGAAAAGGUUGUCUUCAAUGAUGGUCCAUUAUAUAUUGGACGUUCUUUCGACAAUGGGUUUAAUGGCGAAAUUUGCAAUGUUCGCUAUUUCAAUUGGCGUUUAUGUGCCGAAGAAGUGAAGCAAGAUUACUUUGAUAAACAAAUUGUAUAUGGCUCGAAGGUCACACUUUUUCAUGUACCUACUAGUAAAUAUUUGUCUAAAUCUUCCAAUAUGGAAACUUCUAGGGCUGUUGGUAUAAAUCGGGAAGACGAUUUCAAAAAUUGUAUUUUUACUGUUAUUGAAGCCUAUGGUACAAAUGUGAACACGGGAAACCCUUUGCCAUUUAAUACUACCUUUGGUUUCAAGCAUCAAGCGACAGGAGGAAUUUUACAUUCUCACGCCACGAUUUAUGGAGUUACACCAGUAUCGAAGCAUCAGGAGGUUCUCGUCUGGUACGGUAGAGAUAAUAACGAUGACUGGAUCAUUCGACGUUAUAAUCCCAACGCUUCUAAAGAAGUCUCUGAUUAUUUGAUGAGUAGUGAACUAAUCAGCAUUUCACAUAAACUAUCAGAUAAGCUAGCACUCUAUAGUCAUCCCAUUUUAUUAGAAGAUGGGACCCAAGAAGUUUCUUGUCAUGGAAAUGGAAAUGACGAAAAUAUUAAGUGGUGUAUUGAAUUAAUUGAUGAUUCGAAAUUGUGA